UUUUCCUCAAACCACUCAAAAAUGCCUCCAGAAUGUACGUUGAUGUUUCUCAGCUUUGUGCUUAUCGGUCACAAUCACAGAGCUUACUCACAAGAUGUGGACGUGAGAUUGGUGGACGGAAGUAAAUGCUCUGGAAGAGUGGAAAUCCUCCACAAUGAUAUUUGGGGAACGGUUUGUGACGAUGAUUGGGAUAUCAAAGAUGCGAAUGUCGUUUGCCGACAAGUUGGAUGCCCGUCGGCCAACGCUACACAAGAGGGUGGCAGCUUUGAGGCAGGCAGUGGGAAGAUCUGGAUGGACCAGGUUGCCUGCAAUGGUUCCGAAAUGUUCUUGUCGGCCUGUUCCUUCUCAGGAUGGGAGGUUCACGAUUGCACGCACGCCGAAGAUGUUGGCGUUACCUGUGAUGGAGUUGCGGACGUGAGAUUGGUGGACGGAAGUAAAUGCUCUGGAAGAGUGGAAAUCCUCCACAAUGAUAUUUGGGGAACGUUGGAUGCCCGUCGGCCAACGCUACACAACAGGGUGGCAGGUUUGUGGCAGGCAGUGUGA